CAUUGGUUCAUCUGUCUGAUAGCGACAGACACCUGACUCACAAUCCACCCGCUACUGACUGAUCCAUGAAAGCAGAAAGACAGAGCACGUAGGCAACUUCUUGUCGACAAGCUCGGACCUUCAUAUCUCAAGAUGCUGGCCUCUCGAGCACUGGUGCGGGGACUGCAGUCUGGAUUCUGGAGGAGGGUGUCAACUUCAUCUGCUGCCUGGGCUGCACACACUCACGAUGUUGAUGUGGCUGACUGCUCCGUUCCUCAGUACAACAACCGUCUGGACACGCCAUUGCCAGAUGUUCCAUUUGUCAGAAAUCUCAGUGCCGAACAGAAGAAACUCAAAGAGAAAGAGAAGGGAUCAUGGACCCAACUCACCAAGGAGGAGAAACUGGCCUUGUACAGACUCACACAUGAGCUGUCGUACGCAGAGAUGAGGCAAGGUUCCAAAGAGUGGAUGACUGUUCUCGGGGGCGUCUUCAUCUUCCUUGGCUUCACAGGGCUGCUGGUGUGGUGGCAGCGUGUCUAUGGUGAGUGUAUAUAUGAAGAUAUUUAUACGUAUACACCCUCUAAAUGA